UAUCCAAUCACAUCCACUUAAACCACAAAUUCAGGCAGCGUCCGAACCUCAAUUUGAGGUUUUUGACCAAUCAGAGUUUGUUAUUUAUCAGCUUCCAAAAUAGCAUCUUUAAUGGUCGCCAUUGUGUUACAGAUGCCCUAGAUAUUUUGAUUUAGUUUAUGCAAAGUAUAAUGGAAUAAAUUUGCUUAUCUCAGGUACCUGCUCACUUUUCUCCCAUCGCUGUAUGAAGAGACACUUUACCGCAAAUCACCACUUGAUACCUGCACUUUUGCAUUGUUUAAUUUUCUGGAUUUUUAUAACAACUUUUUUUCCUGUCAUGAGUUCCUUAGUGCCCACAUUCCAACGAUUGCCCUCAGGAAUUUUGUCCCUCAGUGACAGUGCUGCUGCGAGAGCCGUGAAAACGGAACACAGGGAACGGAACCGAGCUGAAUCCGAGAGUGUCAUCCGGAUAAAGACCCAGGCAGAGCGAUCCGUAAACGCCUUGGGGGGAGAUGUUAAGAAUGUAAAGCAUCUGCUCGGACAACAUACAAUCCAGUUUGGACAGUUUCGAGGAAUGACAUUCAAAUGGCUGCUUGAAAAUGCUCCGGGGUGGGUUGCGUUUUUGAUUGCCAGGGAUGAAACUUCCGGAGAGACCCAGGGUGUUGGCAAUAGAUGGCUUAACAAGAUGGCCCUCCGAAGAUAUGUCUAUCUAUUUGAAGAGAGCAAGGAAUUAGUGAGGAUGAAAAGAGAAGAAAAACAGAGAAGGACACCUGGGAAUCAGAAGCCAAGUUCAGAGACCAGAACCCUUGAUGUUCAUGUUGAUGACUCUGAACUGAUAGCAUGCUUAGAGGAAGUGGAAGGCAAAGCUGGCAAAGGAAUCCCAAAGCCUACGCCAAAUCUUGCAUCGGCUGUUAGGAGGAAAUCAUCUACAUCUACUUCUACAUCUGAAGAUUCCGGUUCCUCCAGGCCGACUAGUAGUACUUCAGCUGCCAUGGUUGGAAGAAAUCAGCAGCAAGAGUCAAGUUCAUCCACAGCACCAGAGUUGGAUAGCCUAGCACUUCCUUCUGGCUGGAAAAAGACACUUCCUGAAGUUGACCAUCAGUGGAUAUCGGAGACCUUCUUUCAUGCUGGGAAGCGAGGUCCUGAAUUUGAUUUCAGCCGUGUGUCAAAGCUAUGGUACGAUCCACCCCAGCCAAGUCUGUCCCGAGCUGUCUUGAACAAGCCGGACCGAUACUUUGGACAUCGUUUCUUUCUUUGGAUGCCACGCCACUUGUUCCAUACGCAGUUUCACUGCCCCCAUAGUGGUUGUAACGGAACGUUGACAAAUGCAGGCGUCCAUCAGAAAACCAGGCGUGUUGUGGAUGUAGAUUCUGUCUACAAUAUAGCAGCUGAAUAUCUUAGCUGUUCCAACUGCCAUAAGAAGGUUAUUAGUUGGAGUGAGGGAGUUCUUAACCAACUGGACAAUGCAACAAGGUCCCGCUUUCCUUGCAUCCUUACCUCAAAGUAUGCCUGCGAUUUGAAGAUUGUACGCCUUCUGAGACAGAGAGGACUUGGAAACAGCAGCAGCGCAGUGAUGAAACAGGUAAGGGAACAACAUGGUGAGUCUUAUCUAAAUAAUUUACAAUUGUAUCUAUCUCAUUGCAGGGACUUUAAGACAUCGGCAGAGAGGGGAUUCUUUGCUCCGAUUCAGUUUAGUGAGCCUCCUCCAGCUGCCGCUGUACCAAGACACCGCUGGUUCAUGAAGGUCUACCAGAUAGAUGUUCUGAACCGCGUUGAUUACAUCAAAGCCCACAUGACGUCACAGUUUGGGACCGUCCUCAAGAUGGACUCAACAAAGAAAAUCACCAACAAGCUUGCCGGAAAGGGGAGGAAGACAGCAAUGUGGGCCACCAACAUUGGUAAUGAGCAUGGACAAGUCCUCAUGUCUGUCUUGACUGUCGGUGAGGGAUCAGGUUUGAAGCAGAUGUUGGAUGGCCUUGUUACACGGUACAGAAAUGCUGGCGUUCCUCCUCCCAAGGCACUCUAUGUUGACCGUGACUGCUGCGGAGCUUCAUCUGUGCAUAAGUACUUGGAGGCCUGGCCCUUUCUUCAUAUCAGGUUGGAUAUAUGGCACUUCAUGCGCCGCUUUCCCUAUGGCUGCACCACUGAUAAGCAUCAACUGUACAGUGUUUUAAUGGGGAAGUUGAGCCAGUGCAUCUUCAAGUGGGAUGAGACUGAUCUCAACUUACUGAAGACUGCUAAGCGAGCCGAGAUGAUUCAGCAGUGCAUCCAAAAUCCCUCAGAGGAUGAUGUCAUAAGACGCUUGUCUACAGCUGAGCUUGCACUCCACUGCAAGCGAGUGACCCGCGGCACUGCUGAAACAACUAGGCUCAUAUCCAGCCUGUUAGAAUCCCUAGAUGGCCCCAGAGGUUUUGAUACCCAGGGAGUGCCUUUGUUUGACAGUGAGAAGAUCCAGCAGAUCUGGAAGAUACAGAGUCAGCAUGUAUCUUGCAUCCAGGAUCCCCCUGGUCUUAGACUCUACACACAGGUGAACACUUUGAAGAAAGGCGGCAUUGAACUUCCUGUUUACAGAUGUGCAAGAGGCUCCACCUCUCUGGAAAGCUUUCAUCUCCAUAUGAACAGGUUUAUUCCAGGAACCCUGGCAAAGGACAUCAAUUUCCAGGUAUUCCUAUUGGAUGGUCUGUUCAGAUGGAAUUCUGACCGGAAGAGUUCAGCAGUAGUUGAUGUCAAAGAAGACGCCCCAAUGACAUACAGUGGACCGCUUAAGAACUCUGUUAACAAGUUGGCAAAUGAGGUCUUGGGCAGAGGAAUCUUUGACGACUACAAGCCACCUGGAAAAUACACGGGAGAGCUGAUAGGAAUAGAGUACCUCUACUCCCAAACAGGAGAAGGUGUGACUGACUACAGAGAGGCCGUCCGGAUACUCGCUGAUGAUGCCGAUGUGGAGGAGGAAAACCCAGAGCAUUCUGAAGCAGAUGAAGGAUUCCAUGAACAACAGGAGGAGAUGUUGGAUCCCACACUGCCUGUAGAGUUAAGUGUGGAUCCUGUAGAGUUAGGUAUGGAUCCUGUCACACCAACUUGUACAUCUACUUCUGCUUCUCCUGCCCUCCUUAACAUCCCGUCAGUAGCUGAGUAUAGACAGAUGAUGGCCCAGUCAGAUCCAGUUGAGGUACCUACUCAUCACUAUGAGGCUGAGACAGAUAAAAGCAAAGAUUCAGACUUUGGUGAUGUAAGUGAUUGCAGAUUAAAAGAUAUUAGUGACAUGAAUGACAGCAAAAAAUUGAAUGAUAGUAAAAGUGAAAUGUACUUAUAACUUAAAUAUAUUUACAUGUGUGCUUUUUUUUAU